AUGCUUGGUAGGGGAAAGGAUGCCAGGAGCCUGGUACAGAGGCAUCGUGGUAAGAUUCUCACUUCGGUGGGUAUCAUAGCGAGUUUGUUGACAGCAGGCUCUGUCUGUGUUUACCUAGUGAAGAGAUGGUUAUACCAACAGCAGUUGAAGAUCACUGAGCAGCACUUUAUAAGGGAACAGAUUAGAAGACGUUUUACCCAAACCCAGGAGGACACUUUGUAUGCUUUAUACGAGUUGAUUCCUGUCUUCGCAAUGGUACUCGCCAAGAAGUUAGAUCUGGAAGAACUGUUGAUUGCCUUGAGGGAUAAGAAGCUGAGCAAAGGUACGGGAAAUAAGGGCAAAUUGUCUGAUAAUGACGCCUUAUCUUCUGGGAUCAGCACCAGUGUUACUGAAGUGGAGAAUUUAUCAGCCAGUACCGCGAGCAAAGUAGAGAAUAAGACUCAGAAGUCUAAAGCUGAGCUAUGGAAUGAGCUAAAGACGAAGAGUUUGAUCAAGAUGGUUACAGUUUCGUAUACCAUAUCAUCGCUGUUAUUACUGACCCGGUUGCAAUUAAAUAUAUUAACGAGAAGGGAAUAUUUAGAGACUGCGAUUAAAGUUGCGGUGGAGAAAGAGUCUGGCAAGACAGAGGGUAGAUCCUUGGUUAAUUGGGUCUGGGGGUUAUGGAAAUACGAGGACGAAAGUGUCAAGUUGGAUAAAACUUUUGGAGAAUCCAAGCCCAAGGUGAGUUCAGCAUCCAAAAAUUCGUACAUCAAUGAGCAAGCAUUUUUAUCGCUCUCAUGGUGGCUCUUAAACCGAGGUUGGUUAGAAUUCCAGACAAUUGUCGAAGAAAGCGUUGAUAAGGAGUUCUCGUCCCUUAACCCAAGGGAUACCCUCACCUUGCAAGAGUUUAGUGAUAAACUAACGCAAGUAUUCCAUCAUACAAAUGAAAAGCUUUUACUUUCGCCAAAGGAAGGUUCUAAUGAAGAAUCACGACUAAGGCACAUCUUGCUACCUAGCGCAGCCCUCGAAGGGUUUGUUCUACAGCAAACCUUGGAUCCUGAGGCGCUAAACAUUUUGAGUGAAGACAGGACCAUCUUGGGCCAAUUGAUCUACGAGACCACGAAAUGCAUCGAAAGCACAGUUUCAUCCAUCGUUCUGGAAUCCCUCAUAAACGAAUCGUUCCAAUACAUUAUGGAACAAGUCGAGUCAAGUGUCAGCAAGAAGAAAACCCGUAAGAACGACGAUGAAGAACCUUCUGAUAAGAAGUAUCAAGUUGCAGUCUAUGCGAUCAGUUGCAAGGACUGUUGUAACGACAUUUUGAAAAGCGGCCUAGUUUCAAUGGACAACGAGUUCCUAGCAAGACUAGACUCGGUAGUUAUAUUGGAUGACCUCAGUGCAAGCGUUUACAGUAACUUCGGGUUUCAGGAUUAG